AUGGACUCGGCGAUAGAAUCCCAAUUCCGCACCAAUGGCACCUUCCCCGCCACCGACUUGAACGGCAGCCAUCCGAAAGCUUCGCCCAAGGUCACAACGUCGAACGGAACCAUCGCGGGCUUGCUGUCGCGCCAGAACAAUGAUGGUACACGCGGGGGAUUAUUCGGGGAUGAGGAGGACGACGAGACAUCUUCGGGCGGCCCUGCGUCGUCGGUGACGAGCCCAUCGUCAGUGACGUCGCCUCCGUACUGGUUGAACAAUCACCACCAGCGCUCCGUCUCCAACAUCUCGGUCGAGUCUGUGCUGCCCGCCGGCGCGAUCACGAUGCACGACAAUGAAGCCAGCGACGGAAACGACCGGAACCGCGCGUGUUGGGCCAAGAGCGUCGAGAUCACAGACUAUGUCAUAGUCAACGGCAGCGCGACGAACAUUGGGGCUUUUGUGGUAUGGAACAUCAGAGUUGAAACGCUACAAGGCAGCUAUAUGAACAUUCGCAAGCGAUACUCAGAGUUUGAUGACCUUCGCGAGAAGCUCGUCACGUCGUUCCCCAAUUUCGAGGCAGCGGUGCCCCCUCUACCGCCCAAGAGCGUGAUAUCGAAAUUCAGACCCAGAUUCCUCGACAAGAGGAGAUCGGGGCUGCAGUACUUUCUCAAGUAG